AUCGCGUGAAGUCAUUGGCACGUUGAUAGUAUGGGCGGUAGGAUCGAACAUUCAUCUUCUUGCAGCUAUUUCGGUUUGUGUGUUUGAACUAAGAAAGCUUUGUCCCUUCCAUGAUGAUCUCUCUGCGUCUCGGGUAACCAAAACCUGUGACGGCACUGUGGCCUCGGCUUUUCGUGCGAUCAAGUAGUUGGGCAAAACCGCUCAAGAUCGGG